AUGCCCUCCAUUCUGGAAGACCCCUCGACCCGCAAUCCCCCACCAAGAGCACACACAGAUGCAGCGCCGACCCUAACAGCAAGGAAAAUCACCCUGCCCAAGUUCUCCUCGGCGCCAAUGACACUUUAUCCCAUCACAGGCGGACCUCAAACUGUCCCCAAGGACCUGAUCAGAUUCCUACACGAGGAAUUCACCACGGAGAUUCUCCGCGGCGGGACAUACCCGAUGGAGCAGCCGAUGGCACUGGACCAAUUCGCAGAUUAUUGGUUCGGGACGUUUGCGGCUUUGGCGAUAUUGGACGACGAGGGUGAGGGUUUAAGGGAGGGGAGGGAUUGGGAGAGGGUUUGUUUGGGCACCUUUUAUAUCAAGCCUAAUUAUCCCGGCCGCUGCUCCCACAUCUGCAAUGCAGGCUUUCUCGCUACCACCUCUGCACGUGGCAAGGGCGUUGGACAGGCUAUGGGCGAAACGUAUCUGGAAUAUGCACCGAGACUAGGAUACACAUAUUCAGUCUUCAACUUGGUCUUCGCCAAUAACCCGGCCUCUAUCCGCAUAUGGGAGAAGCUAGGGUUUAGCGUUAUUGGACGGGUUCCCAAAGCCGCGCGGUUGGCGAAUAGCGAGGACUUGGUGGAUGCAUUGAUAUUCGGACGUGAGCUGGGAAAUUAA